AUGACCACGCCCAGCAGCAACAGCAACAGCUUGUCACCAACAACCUCAGGAGCCGAGGGAAGGAGCUGCCAGGCCGCCUUCCACUCAAACAAUCUCAACUGCAACCACUUCUGCCCGUCGGAGGAUCAGUAUCGAAGCCGAAACCACCAACAGUAUCGUCAGCAUCAGCAUCAUCAUCAUCAUCAGCACCAGCAUCAGCAUCGGAUCAGCAGCGAUAUCGUUAGUUCUAGUCUUAGGCAGUCGCACAGCUAUAGUUUAAGCCUCUGCUCGGUGCAGAGCAAUCCCAUGUCGUCCACUAGGAUCCCACUUGCUGCCGAGGACAAUAACUGCUCGCUGCGACUCAGCAGCUGCCAGCCGCUCAAGUUCCCGCUGGCCAGCGAGUGGCUGGUCUAA